AUGGAGGCGAUUAGCUUAUUGGGUCGGCUGAGGAAGGCGGUGAAGAAGAUUAGAUUCAUGAUGAAUUUUAGCAUUCAAAGAUGGCGGUUAGCGGCGAUGUUAGGCCGGACUUCGUCGAGAAAUCUCCGUCUUAGCUUCACCGAACGUCCGGGAUUAAAGGCUUGUUCGGAAGAUAUUAUUAUGGAAGAAGAACAGUCGGUUUCUUCUUCAUCUCGUGGGCUACAAAGAACCACCAGCUACGCUUCUGAAGAUGACGUGGACUCCCGUGCGGAGGCUUUUAUUGCUAAUUUCUAUCGCCAGCUCAGAAUCGAACGCCAGGUGUCACUUGAGCUUCAAUAUUGCCGUGGAAAUAGUUUUGAUUAA